AUGGAGAAGAGAGAUUUUAGUGAGCAGAGAGAUGGUUUGGACGUGCAAAUCUAUCCUUCCCUGGAGAGACUAGGGUCCCCGACAAACCAAGAAGAGCAACGAGCAACUAAGAAAGUUAAGAAUCAGGAGGCAGCUCUCUACAAUGGAAAAGAACCCCCUGUCAAGAUGCAAGAAGAGGAAAUCAUAUUCCAAAAAGGGGAUGUUAUGCUGGACAACUCGGAUGCAUGGGAGGUGGUCAAAGAAGGUUUCGAAGAACCAACAACAACCAUGGGAUAUACGGCGGCUCAAACCAAGGUGUUGAAAGAGGCACGAUCAAAGGAUAAGGUGACACUAUACAUGUUGUUCCGAGCCGUUGAUGAGUCGGGCUUUGAGAAGAUUUAUGGUCCAGGUAGAGGGCGUGGCCGUAGAGGUCGUGGAUAUGGUCGCGAUGGUCAAGUCGAUAGUGAUGAAGGGUACUAUAAAGAGAAGGGACAAUCAAGCCAACUAAAUUGGCGUGGAAGAGGAAUAGGUCAAGGAAGAGGUGGCCGAUCAAACUAUUCCAACAUCGAGUGCUACAAGUGUUAUAAGUAUGGUCACUACAUAAAGGAUUGCAACUCUGAAAAAUGUUAUAACUGUGGUAAAGUGGGGAAUUUUGCAAAAGAUUGUCGAGCCAAUAAAAAGGUGGAAGAAACAACCAACCUUGCCUUGGAAGACGAGCGAAUGAAAGCUUUCUCUUGA